ACCUUCCUUCAACCAAGUCAGCCCAGAUCAAAGAGCAAGCCCGAGGCCUCUCAUUAUCGGAGGCCACGUUUGCCCCACCUCGAAGCAGCCCCUUCUCGCGCUACGUGAGUGCGGACUUCCGACUGUCAAGCACCAAAGUGGACUCGUGGAGCAUCCGUGACUUCCACACUUGGGACUCCGUGGGCUUCCUUGCUUGGCCUGUCAAGAACCAGAACGACUGCAAUGCCUGCUGGGCGUAUGCGGUGGUGGCGAGUGUGGAGGCCGCAUAUGGCAUUGCAAAGCAGCAGAGCGCUCCGCGGCUGUCAGUGGAGCCCCUCUUUGCGCUCAUGGGGCUCUCCGACUCUAACAAGUGCACUGCUGGAGGCUCCCCGACCCAGGCCUUUGAGAUGCUGGUCGCUCUUGAUGCCAGCAGUGGGCUCACAGGGGACAGUGACCCGGCAACAAGGUACCCGGUGCGGGCCUUUGAGUGGGCGCAGUUCAAGGGGUAUGUGGGGCUCAUGCUGGCAGUGCAGCGCCAGCCAGUGGUGGUUCACAUCGAGGCGUCUGCUGCCACAUUUAUUAUGUAUGAUGGGGUGAGUGAGCCAUUGCAACUCUCACCCAGUAUGGAUCCUAUUUGCUACACGGGCAGUCUCAACCAUGUUGUACUCGUUAUUGGCUACUUCAUCACAAGAAACGAUGGCAGCCAGAAACGAAUUGCUCCUCCGUUUUGGAUCAUCCGCAACUCAUGGGGAGAGGAGUGGGGCGGCAGAGGCCACAUGCGCAUGGACAUUCAGGGAGGGGAUGGCGUGUGUGGCAUCAAUGCGCUGCCUGGGAUCUACCCCAUUGUCAAGAAGGCUCCUGGUAGUUCCGCUGGACGGACCUCUUCUGUUAUGGCUUUGGUCUGCAUGGACAGCAAGCAUGCUGUCUACCGCCACUUCAAGGUGGCUUUCGAGAGCGUUAGCGAGAACGGCACCAAGAGGUGUGCCUACUGCAACUUCAAGUUCGUUGGCGGGAUGUACCGCUGCGCGCAGCAUAUCACCAGCUGGAACGGCAUGCGCCGUCGUGAAGUGCAUCUCUGCACUGAAGCGCCGAAGACUGCACGGGACGCCGUGAAGGCGGUUUACGAGUUCAGGUUGAAGGCCCGUGAAGCGAAGCGUGCGGCUGAAAUUGCGGCGGUCGGCGCAGUCAACGGCGGUGGUUCCGACAAGAAGAAGACUCGAAUGACCGACUUCUACGGCGACGAAGCCGCGUGCGCGAAGCAAGCUGCGGACGAGGCGCUUUGCCUCCUCUUUGCCGCUCUUCAUAUCUCGGAGCAUCCGCUCUGGCGGAACGCAGUCUCCAGCAUCGCGCGCGCGGGGACGGGUUACGUGCCGCCGAAGAGACACUAUAUCGGUGGGGCCGGUCUUGCAAGGUGUCGCCAGCGCAUUGAGGCGGCUCUCGGUCCGAUCGCUGCAAGCUGGCGCCGUGACAGUGUCACCAUUGCAAGCGACAUGUUCUCUGACACGGCCGUCCGCCCGCAAGCCAAUGUGCUCCUCAUCAACGAUAGCGGAGCCGUGUUUGUGGAGUCGAUCGACACCAAGAUGGAGAUCAAGACCGGCGGCUACAUCGCGGGCAUCUUGCGGCCCAUCAUCGAGAAGGUUGGCCCCGAGAACGUCGUCGCCGUGUUUUGA